UUUCACUCAUUUCUAUUUUCUAUUUUUCUCCAUUCGAAUAAGUUUCACUGGACUUUCGAAAUACUCGAAUCGAGUCAGUCAAACUCAGGCAGUUGGCAUGUGGUACGGGCCCUAGAGUCCCUCAAGGACAGUUAGGAAUUUCGAUGCUGAUGGUGUCAGGCAUCAGGUCACGGCCGAGAGACGCGCAUGGAUGGAGUCAGGUAUCCGCAAUACCCGGUUGGCAUUUAACAUCGUCCAAGAAUGGAGGUGAUUUCGACGCGCAGAUACGAGGCACGUCCGCCCGUCAGUGCGAUUCACUCUGGACUUCUGUACGAUCCGAAGAGUAAAGUCGCAACCGUCAAGGAGGAGGAAUGGGAAACGCGAAAGAAGAAGGAGAUAACGACAACCAGACAGAUAGAGACGAGAGUCAAGAGACAAGUGGUUUUGGAGGAUGGAGAGGUGGUGAAGGACUCCGGACCGCUUGUCACCACCAACACUACUGAGGAUGUGGAGCAACAGGAGCACACGACGCAAGAGAGAAAAACGAACGGUGAUGAGCCAAAAAAAUUGGACUGGGAGGCCCCAACGACUGCUGCUGGGCCAGUUGUCCAGAAGGAAUUGAACGAGACAAUUGUGAGGAGUCGCGAGGAGACUGAGGAGCUCCUCGAGACUGAGGAUCGACGCCAAUUUGGGGAUAUAACGGAUGAGGCUUACCAGCAAGCUGUGAGAAAUAAUCGGGGUGAUUUGAGGCUGGCACUUGCCGAAUCAUCGAGACAAGUGGCAGUUAACACUGGACCGCGAAUUGUGCAGCACAAGACAAAAUCAAAUAAAGUCAUUGACACGGAGAAAACCCUCGAGCGGAAGGAAUUUAAACCGGACGGGGCAAUCGUGACGGAAACGAAGAAAAGUGUCGAGCACGAGGAGAUUGGGGACGUCGAGGCACCCGAGGGGGUGGGGGAUGAGCCCGUGGAGACGAGGAAGGAGAGCUCGCAGAGAUUUUUGAAGCAGAGGGAGGAGGACGUGGUGGAUUACGUCGCUGGGGGGGAGAGAAUCGGGAGGGACAUGAAGUUCAUCGCGGAGAAGACCGAGGGGGAGAGAAUUGGGGACUGGCCACCACCUCCCGACAGGAUGAGAACUGUUCGAUUACCAAAACCCGGUGACCCAGCGCCCCUAGACAGGAAGGACGCCCUCACGAAAAAGCCCCUCGAUCCCGAGGAAGAGGACGAGGCGCGUAAAUUCGAGACAUCAAAGUGGUUGGAAAAUCACUUUGGAAGUGAAUCACGUUCCUCCCAGGGCUCGAUAGAGCCCGAUGGUCCACCCAUUCAAACAACCACUAACACAAGUUUCAUAAAUGUUACCAUGAAAUCGUGUACACCACGGGAUCGUGAUUACAAGAGUGCGAGUAAUACGAGUCAAGUGAGAACCUCGAUCAGAGCCAAUGGCAGAGAAUCAGCAUCGCCCUCCGGCUACUUUCACGGCAUCACCGAGUGGUCUGAGAGAUAUCAAGGAUCAGGGGACAAGCAGAAUCAUAAUUCCAGCGUUUCUACUGCCUCGCCGAAGCAUUACGUGGUGGAAAGUACCAUAAGUGUGAGACCUGAGACUGUUACGUACACGAAAAAUUACGAGACAUCAACGAGAAAACAUCACGAGACUCAUCGACGAUCUAGUCCACCAUCGCCACCGGUACGGAGGAGAGUUCGUGAGCAAAUCAGUGAAAAGAUGUCCCGCCGCCUAGAAGAAAAAACCUCAUACCCGGAGCCUCGUCCCCAGGCCUCUCCUAGUCCCGUGAACGUCAUCACCAGGACCUGGCAGACUCGAAAUCAGGACUGGUCAGAGACUCCCGAGCAGCCGGAGGUCCGUCAUUAUGCUCCAGCUCCGAAAUCCCGUUCUCCCUCGCCAGUGAUAAAGAUUCCCCCUCAUCGCGAGAAAAAGGAGAACAUCAGGCCCACGAGUAGAUCAGGCUCCCCUCGAGGCACAUCAAAAUCACGAAUUGGUGAGUCCUUCAGGAAACUCGUGGGCAAACUCCGAUCGGCUUCAUCGGAAAGAAAGAACAAAAAGAACGGGGACUCCAAGUCCCAGUUGACACAGACCGAUGACAGUUCGACGUAUCUUCAAUACAACGUCAUCGACAAGAAUAUUCCAGAGAUCGGGGUGGAUCAGGUGGACGGAAUAGAGGAGAAACCCCCGGAGAGGCCCCCCAGGUCACCAAGAGUCACCACUCCCACUACGCAAACGAUCAAAGUCACGAGAUCAAAUGGUCAUUCUGGGAAUAAUCAUAAUGGAUCGCACAAGUACUAUGUCAGUGAGGAAUCGUAUUCGUCAAGGAAUGCUUAUGAAAGGGAGCCCCUUCAAGAGUCUCGUCACAGCAGAACCACCACCAGACACCACGAGAGGUCCCAGAAGUCCCCCAGGACCAUCUCCGACUACGACUACAGGCUUGAGUCCAGCACUCUGGGUCGCCUGAGCAAAUCCACCAGCAGACUAACCAAUGAUUACGACCGUGAGGAUCCCUACCCAGGUAUCCAGACCCUACCUCGUAAACUGCACUCCAGCACUCAUAACAAACAGACAUCGAUGCACACGAGACGCUCGACGUCGAAGCAGAUCCCAGUGACCCAGACCGCGAGACCCUCUCAGGGUCGAAACUACGGAAGCAUGAUCAACAUCUCCAUCAAGAACGUCAAGUCACCCCAGGGUUCCAGGAGCUACAGUCCAGUUCAGGGUCACAUACAGCCCCCGAUGAAGCCGGAGAGGACGUACAAGUCAUCCUUGUUAAGGAGCAAGAGCUUCAAUGUGGAGGCAAACAAUGGUGACCGGUAUCCGGAAAAGGUCCCUUACAAAUCAAAUUCUCAGUUGAACAGACUCGACGAAACACAACCGCUAAAGAGCCCCGGCAUCCUGGCGAGCAUCAGCCGGAGUAACAGGGAUUUAUUCAAAUAUGAAUGUUAUUGACAUGUGGGAAGAUUUUUUAUUUUGUUUCGAUAGAGACAAAAUAUUUCGGAAGUAUUUUUACGUUUUAGAAAAUUUUUCAGGGGACUUGAAGUCCUUCCGAAGGAUUUUCGAGAGAAGAGGAGGAAUAUUUAUUUAAUUAUAGUAUCAUCAAGUUUUGUUAAUUACUUUGGUCUAUCAGACUAUGAAAAAAUAAUCGAGAUAGUAUUUACUAAUUGUCACCUGUCAUUAUGACGUUUUAAAAUUUUUUAAUCUUUCAAAAAAAACCAGAUGAGAGUUUGUUCAUUGGGGAUUGAGAUCAUGAAAUUUAGCUCAGCAAACUCCGGAUAUUUGAAUGGAUUCGUUUAUGAAAAAUUAUUCAGGAAAGAGUGGAUUAGGAGAGGGGCUCGAUUCAUUCGAAAUAAUUGAUAUUAAUUAUCUUUAAUGAUAAUCUGUUCUAACAUCAGACCUAUUGAUGGGAUGUGAGGGAAUUCCUCCCGGAUAACUCCUCCCGACAAAUUAUGUUUACACGAAUUGUAAAGUAGAAAAUGGAAAGAAAAUUAUUAACAGCGUCAA